AUGGUACAUCUCAGUUGUGAUGACAAGCUAUAUAACAAAACGGAGUUGUAUUCCCCAGUGGGACAUUCAACUCUGGAUAGUGUGUAUGGAGCACCUUUGAAUUAUUUUGAUCCCCCGUGGGGGGGUCCGAAUGGGAAUCUGCUUCAUACACUCCACGAGGAGAGAGGGAAUAGUGCAGUUAUUCCUACGGAAGGAAAUAAGAAGAGGAAGAAGAAAAAGAAAAAAACCAAAAUUCGCAUGUGCUACGAUUCUGAGGCACCCACGACCGGUGAAAGAAAAAGUACCGUCGACAAUGGUACCUACCUGAAUGACAAAUAUUUUAGUGAUUCCAAAAAGGGAGACUACAAACGUGCAAUCAUAAACAUUAGGACAAAUGAACCUUCUAGAGAAAGUGAUUACACAGAUGAUACUGAGCAGAGUGUUCCUACUUUGGACAAAUGGAAGAAACCUCGAAAGAAAUUUAUGGGGAAGUAUUCUUUUUCCGAGAUAGCUAAUAGUUUGUUGCAUCCUUUAAAUGGGUGUCCCUCAACUCCACCUCACUCAGGUGUAGUGAACCCUCGCCUUGACUGCUUGCAUUAUCGGAUAGCGGCGAAGAACAAGAGGAGAGAAAACUGCACCAAGCCGGAAAUUAUCGUCCGAUUUUAG